AUGGCUGGCCAGAAUAGCAUUCUCGCUGCUAUCAUGAUGAUGAAUGACGAUGAUGACGAAAAUGAAACAUGGUUUGACAUGUUUACCACAACAAUGCUUGCCUAUGUUGCCCAAGCGACUUUAAGAAACCCAAGAUCCAGAAUCCAUGGGUAUGUUGAGGAUGUCGUCCCCAGAUACAAUGAAAUGGAGUUCCGGCGAAUGUUUCGAAUGUCAUGUGAAACGUUUGAUACAGUAAGCAAUCAUCUAAAAAACUGUCCAGAGCUCUAUGUUGGUGGAUAUGGUGGUCGAGAACCAGUUUCAGUAGAAAAACAACUUUAUAUAACAUUGUGGUAUCUUGGAGGUACUGACAGCAUAACUAGAAUCGCCGACAGAUUUGGGGUCUCAGAAUCGUCUGUAAUUUUGUCAAGAAAACGAGUCAUCGACACAAUCUUAAACAAUCUCAAAUCGAAGUUCAUUUCUUGGCCUCAUGGUCAGCUUCUUCAGGAUAAUGUUGACAAUUUUGAGAGACGUAAUGGAUUUCCAGGUAUUGUUGGUGCCUUGGAUGGCACACAUAUCUCGAUUAAAGCCCCACAAGAAAAUCCCCAGUCAUAUGUUAACAGAAAAAAGACUCACUCGUUGCAGUUACAAGCUGUAUGCAAUUCAGAAAUGAUCUUUACAGACUGUUUUGCUGGUUUUCCAGGAAGCUGUCAUGAUGCUAGGGUCUUGCGCAAUUCUCCUUUAUUUGAAAACGGAUUAGCUUUGUGCAAUGGAAAUCACAUACUCGCUGAUGGGGCUUACCCUUUGCGUCAUUGGCUUCUAACCCCAUACAGAGAUAAUGGCCAUCUUUCUCAAGAACAAAUAAAUUUCAAUUAUGUACAUUCGUCAAAUAGGGUAGUGAUUGAAAGAUCAUUCGGCCUACUCAAAGGAAGAUUCAGACGUCUGCAUCAUGUUGAUACUCAAAGUGUCCAAACUGCAGUUGAAAUAAUCAUGGCAGCAUGUGUACUGCAUAACAUUUGUCUGAUGGAAAAGGAUGACAUUGCAGAGUUCAUGGGAGCAGACGAUGACGUGGACGGUGAUUUACAACAAAAUUUCCAGAUGCAGGAGAAUGAGGCUGAGGGAGUUGUGAAAAGAAAUCUUCUUGCAAGAACAUUGUUUAGACAUUAA